AGUCACUUAAAUCAUUGCACUGGGCUGGGGAGCAGUAGAACAAUAUAAAAAGCAAGUAGAUAGCUACAUGUCCAUCAAUUCAGUCUUUCAGAACUUCAGACACAGCAGGACAGAAAGAGUGUUAAGAUGGAGAAAGCAAUGAUUCUGGUUUCUGUGCUGCUCCUGGGGUGGACAUGGACCCUUCUGGGGGUCCCUGUGGAUGGGGAUCAUGUGGAGCCCUCUGUGGCUCCUGCAGACGUGGAGGAUCUUACUGUUAAUGCAACUCUGCUCAAUACCACUCUGCUGAAUCUGCGCACUACAUUUCUUUUUAAUGCUACAGAGGUUUGUGAACAAGCACCAGAAACAGGUCCAUGUGUGACGGCCUUUCCACGUUACUUCUACAACUCCUCCUCAAUGAGCUGCCAGCUUUUCACCUAUGGAGGGUGUCGGGGCAACCACAACAACUUUGAAACUGAGAAAGAGUGUAUGCAGAGAUGUCCCACUAAAGGUGAGGAGUGAAAUACAAAAACAUGUUU